AUGAGCACACCAACAAGUUUUCAAUGGCAGACCGACGCCUUUGACAUUGAAUUCACUUUAAAUUCCAACGGCGUCGUUUGCCUGUCUCGCGUCUUGCCCAAGGGUUCCAAGGAGCAGCCGAGAACGGCGCUCUUCGAGUUGUCUGAGGUGCCUCUAGUCAGCGUCAAACUCGUCGGUGAGGGCAACACCUCCGACAAGACGUCAAAGGCUAUGAUUGGGGGCUAUCUAUCAGCGCGCCUCAAGUACGAAAGCCACGCAGUGGCCCGCGAGGGUUCAGUUCAAACGCUCUCUAUUGAAAACAAAGACGAGGCAACCAAGAUUCGCAUUACGGUUCGCUUGACCGUCUACGGCAGCAUUCCCAUCCUCAGGUCUCUAGCCACCAUCACGAACCAGUCUACCGACAACAACAUUGCCAUCACUCAGUUAUCAUCCCUUGCCAUCGGCGGCCUGACAAACUCGUCAACCUGGUUCCAUGAUUACAUCGUCCUGACGGCCAACAACAGUUGGUUCAGAGAAGCCCAAUGGCGUGAGCAUACUCUGCCUGACCUUGGCCUUGAUAACAACGGUAUCUGUGAGCUUCCUGAUGGACACACGGGCUCCCAGUCUACCGUUGCGUUGGAAAGCCGCGGCUCAUUUUCCACGGGGUCUUAUCUGCCCAUGGGACUGUUGGUGUCCAAAGACAAGACAAACACUUGGAUUUGGCAGAUUGAAAACAAUGGCUCAUGGCGAUGGGAGAUUGGUGACUACAAAGACAGCCUAUACCUCGUCGCUAGCGGACCAACCGGCGUGACCCAUAACUGGAAGCAAGUUCUGGCACCAGGCGAAGAGUUCACAACAGUGCCCGCCUGUAUUGGGCGAGUCAAUGGUGAUUUCGAAAAGGCAUUUGCUGCUUUGACCGACUACAGAAGAGUCAUCCGACGGCCGCAUCCCGACUUGGAGAAGCUCCCAAUUGUGUUUAACGAUUACAUGAAUUGCCUCAUGGGAGAUCCCGAUGAGGAAAAGAUCAAGGCUCUACUGGGUCCCGUUGCCCAGUCUGGGGCCGAAUAUUUCGUGAUUGACGCCGGUUGGUACGCGGAUGAUAGCAACUGGUGGGACGAUGUCGGCCUGUGGGAGCCAUCCAAGAAGCGCUUUCCCUCCGGGUUCAAGAUGCUUACGGACGAGAUCAAGGCAAAAGGCCUUAUUCCGGGCCUGUGGCUGGAGCCGGAAGUCGUCGGUGUGCGCAGCGUUGUCGGGAAUAUCCUGCCCAAGGACGCAUUCUUCCAAGAGGAUGGCGAACGAAUCAUUGAAAGAGGCCGAUUCCAGCUCGACUUUCGCCACGAGCAGGUUAUCUCAUGGAUGAACAAGGUUAUCAACCGUCUCAUUGCGGAUUAUGGGGUAGGCUUUUUCAAGUUUGACUACAACAUCGAGGUUGUUCAAGGCACCGACACCCAUCGGUCAUCGUCUGCUGGAGCAGAGCAUCUGGAGCACCACCGGGCGUACCUUGCCUGGGUGCGAUCCCUGCUCGACAAGUACCCCAACCUUGUCAUUGAGAACUGUUCUAGUGGCGGGCAGCGCAUGGAAUAUGCCAUGCUUGCGAUUCAUCCUCUCCAAUCCAACAGCGACCAACAGGACCCAGCACUAUACGGCGCUAUCUCUGCCGCCGCUCCGACCGCGGUUACCCCCGAACAGAGCGCCUCAUGGGCUUACCCGCAGCCCGAAUGGGACGACGAGCUGAACGCAUUGUCCGUGGUCAAUAGUCUUCUGGGACGUGUUUUUCUCAGCGGUCGCCUCGACACCCUCAGUUCCGAGCAACUGAAAUUGAUUGUGGAAGGCAUGGACGUAUACAAACUGAUUCGUCAAGAUAUUAAGAAGUCCAGGGCCACCUGGCCCCUUGGGCUUCCGCAAUGGCAUGAUGACUGGCUCUCCCUCGGCCUUGUAUCAGAAUCUAAUGAAACUUAUCUUGGCGUGUGGCGAAGAGGCGGCUCUACAGAGAUCGAUAUCCCACUCAAGAAUCUGCCUCGUUCCAAUAAGGCUCGCGUCAAAGUUUUGUAUCCAACAACAAUGAGUACGGAGGUUGCAGUGAAGGAUGAUGUGUUGACGGUGAAGCUACCUGAGGCUGUUUGCGCUCGCUUGCUUCACAUCUAUGAGGGAUGA